CAAAAGGAAUCCGAUCCGUGCCAAUCGAAAAGAAGGCAAUGAAGACGACAAUGACGAGAUCAACAGCGUCACUAGCGAAGAGUUUGCUGAAUAUGAUGCGGUCAGUGAUGAGGAGAAUGAUGUUGACAAUGCUACUGCUGCCACUGCUGCUAGCAUCAAUGGUGAUGACGAUGAUAGUGGGAGCAACGCUGACGGUAGCGACGAUGACCCAGAGGAUGACCUUCCUGGUGGUGUGCUCGAACUUCAGGACAAUGACGGUUACAUCCGCAAAAGACGAUCGCCAAGAGUCAUCCGCUAUCGUGGCUACCGAGUUGUACAGGAUCCAGCAAAUUAUUAUCGAGAGUUGCUCAUGCUUUAUUUACCUUGGCGUGAUGAAGAAUUCGACAAUUUGCUAGUCAAUCGCGAGGAGGAGUUUCGUCUACAUCAAGAGCAGAUACUGCGAAACAGCAGAAAAUAUUGUUCAUUUGAUGAUGCGCAGCUUAUGGCAGCACUAGACCAUGUAGCGGCAAGAUCCGAAGAUAAUGAAGAAGAAGAGGAUCCACAGCGAAGAAUCGCUAACCCUCUUGACGAAUUCGAAUUGGAAGGAGAGCAACAUGUUGACGUGAUGGCGCAGACAGGAGCAUAUGAGCGAGUACCAUAUCAGGAAACAUUUGCCCAACCAGAUCGUUUGCCAAAUGAUCAAUAUGAGAACAUGAUUGCAGCGUUGAAUACUGAACAAAGAUUUCGCUCAUCAUGUAAAGCAUCACGUCCAGAGCAACGAUCAACCAUUAUAUUACUUUUUGACUGGUGGAGCAGACACUGGGAAAAGCACGGUAAUAAAAGCUUUGUAUCAGACUCUUAUCCGAGUCAUCGAUGAAAACGUACAAGACCGCGACCGAGACAAACCCUCUUUCAAAUUAUGUGCGCCGACCGGUAUGGCCGCUUUUCAUAUCACGGGCAAGACGAUACAAUAGUUACUUCGUUGGCGGUUCUGCCAAGUUUGAUUGCCGAUGUGUUGGCAACAGUCCGGAAAAGGAAUG